GUCGUGGGCGUAGUGGCUCCUUGUAAUGGCGACCGUGCCGGAGAUGCGCCGAUCUGUGUAAAAAUGAAGCGGAGAAGAAGUUAUAUAUCUUAAAGCGAAAACGCCGAGGCUCCUCCCGAGGAGGACUUUGCGUGUACAAACGUCGCCUUCGAACGUGCUCAACUUAGCCGUGCUUUUCCAACGCCUGUGCACCCCCUCCGCGAUGAUGAAGCUCAAGUCAAACCAGACCCGGACGUACGACGGGGACGGCUACAAGAAGCGCGCCGCCUGCCUGUGCUUCAGGAGCGAAUCGGAGGAAGAGGUGCUGCUGGUAAGCAGCAGUCGACAUCCCGAUAAAUGGAUCGUUCCCGGUGGGGGCAUGGAACCUGAGGAGGAGCCCAGCGUUGCUGCUACUCGGGAAGUGUGCGAGGAGGCGGGCGUGAAGGGGACGUUGGGUCGUUUAGUCGGCGUGUUCGAGAACCAGGAAAGGAAACACAGAACCUUUGUUUACGUUCUCAUCGUGACGGAGGUUCUGGAGGACUGGGAGGACUCGGUCAACAUUGGGAGGAAAAGGGAAUGGUUUAAAAUAGACGAUGCCAUACAGUUGUUGCGGUGUCACAAGCCCGUGCAGGCCACGUACUUCGAGGCUCUCCAGGAGAGCUGCCUGACCAGCAACGGGACCCCAUUGGCGGCCACCAUUGCCCCCACCUACAGCAUCAACCAGAGCUCCGUCUCAGAUAUCAGAUAACUAAAACCCCAAACUGAACACCACCCUAAGCACCCGCCACCAUGCCACGCCACGCGCCCCCCUCCGCACCCUCCACGUCAGGAGCUUUUGGCCACCACUUGCGCUCUUACUUCUUCUUCGACUCUGUCUGCUUUGCCUUGCCAACUCCUCGGCGACGCCGUGGUGGCGCAGACUGGAUGACGAGUGUUGACGGAAACACCUUGUGCAUUUUUCACCUUCUUUUGGUUUUGUUUUCUUUUUACUGAACCCCCUUGCAUGAAAACAAAAGACCCCACCCCCCCUCUGCGAUGCACCCGUAGUGUGUUAACUGAAUGGAAAAACAACUACUUUUUACCGUUGUCAUGUAAAAGUGUGUGUCAUCUCUCUCGUGCUUGAACCAGAAAGGCUUUCGGCGGUCCUUUUUUAACUAGGUGCCCCUCCUUUUUGUUUUUCAGACUUUUCUCUGUGCUCCCUUGUUUCUUUGGAUUUUAGGUAUUUUUUUUGGGCCUCCUUUUAUUAUGCUCAUCAAAGCAUAGUUUGAUCCUCUCCGGAACUCGUCUAACUGUCACACGGUGCACGUUCACUCCAAAAUGGUAGUAGAAAGAAUGUCAACAUUACUUCACCUGGAGCAUCUUUUUUUUUUUUUUUUUUAUUUAAACGUACCCCCUCCUGUGAUCGAGUGAAAUGUUUUCUGCCGCACGCCAAGGGUCAAAGUACAACCAUUUCAAAAACCAUGCAGCGCAUAUCCUGUUUUCCCUCCUCACGUUCAGUUUGCUUCAGUUGUUUACAUUACAGGUGUCUUUAGUGGGCACGUUUCCUUUUUUUCUCAAUGACCUUUCCUCCAAAUGCCAACCCAGGAGGCAGAAAUCAGUACUGCUCCCGAUGUUUUUUUUUUUUUUUUUUUUCUAAUAUAACAACUGUAUUAGCUCGCUUGCGUCUUUGUGCGUUAAUUUAUACUUGGACACGCAAUGCACACAGAAAGUCGCAGAGUCUAUUUGGGUGUGCUACAGAAAAUCGGGGCGGGUUUAUGUAUUUAAUCUGCACCCCACCCAAUUUGACAUUGAAAGUAAGAGAAUCAGCAAUGCUGUGUUUGGCAGCAUGCGGCGCAAACAAGCCUUGUACAGUGAGACUUUGUUUUUAAAAUGUAAAAUGCUUUUUGUUUUUGGAUACUAGCUUGUUUCCGUUUGUUUCUCUCUAAACGUCUGGCAAGAGUCUCUUUAGCCGCGUCACGAAAGCCGCCGGCUCCAUACUGUGAAACUGGAGGCGCUGUUGUAGAUGAGCACGGAAGAAGUUUUUACUGUAAAUUGUUUAUUUCUGUAUAGAUCAACGGCGAGCAUAAAAAAAAAAAAAAGGUGUCAUUUCAAAUGGGAAUUGAUGAAUUGCCAGUCACCCGUCCGCGUGACGUUGAACGAACGAUGAGGCUGAGAUCACUCUGACCGGUGACUCUGAACGGGCUAAAUGGUAGAAAAUGGAUGAAUAGAUCACCAGAACAUGACAACCCCAAAAUCCGCUGUGGUUUCACAUGAAAGGGUUUCUGUCAGUGGUCCCCCACCCUGGGUUUUGGCGGUCUUUUCGUCAAAAUCAUAAUUUGGAUUCAUGCUGAUUAUUAGCUGCUUAUCGUCUUCCCAAGCAGGUUUUGCGGUGACCGGAUGGCCACCACCGUUUGGCUCUUUGCGUGCAAGUUGUCGACACGGAAUGUUGAAGCCGACCUGCACAUGUUCAACCUCUUUGGUAGUAUGAAGAGCAUGACGAUAGUGCCGUUAAAGGGUGUGGAAGUUGAGCCACUGAGUUGGUUGUUUUUGGGUUUCUCGAAGUGGAGAGCGUAAAGGCUGUGUGACGGGUGCUGAUAGGGACAGAGGAAGUUGACCUGUAGGAUUUUUUUUUUUCGCUUCCAGAGUAGUUACAGAUGGAAGAAAGAUGCGUCGCUAUUCUGCCAAAGUUGGUGUCACUGUCAACUUGCUGAAUUUAGACCAUUUUCAAAUUUCUGAAAUAGUCUCGGAGGCACAACUGUAGCUGUGU